CUAUAAAAGUGUAGAAUCCGAGCGUCCAGCGAUUCAAAAGUGCCUCGAUCGUUAAAGUGCGCGGUUGCUACCCAAAAAUAACACUCAAUUUCAUUCUCUUGACUUGCUUAAUAUUAACUUUUCUUCAAAAUGAGAAUCCUUGCGGAGAACCAUGUCCACCUCCUGGAUCCUUCGGAGCUGAUGCGCCCAGAGCCCACGUUUGCAGACAAGAAUCCCUCUAAAUUCCGGGACUACAGUGUGGACACCACAGAUCCCUUGAAGGAACGAGUGCGCCAGACCUACCGCCAGAUGCACUUGAACCAAACUGUGGACUUUGUCAAAGGGCGCCGCGAUCGCUGGCUGAAGUUCAACACAAUCAAGAUGACGGUGCGCGAGGCUCUAGAGAAGCUUAACGAUCUGGUGGACGAAUCAGAUCCCGAUCUGGACCUGCCCAACAUCAUCCACGCCUUCCAGGCGGCCGAGCGGGCACGCGCCGAGUUUCCGGAGCACGACUGGCUGCAUCUGACCGCCCUCAUCCACGAUCUGGGCAAAAUCAUGGCCUUCUACGAUGAGCCCCAGUGGGCUGUGGUGGGCGACACCUUUGCCGUGGGCUGCCGUUGGGGCGAAAGCAUCGUUUACCGGGACGAGAGCUUCGAGGGCAACCCCGAUGGCGAGAAUCCCGCCUACAACACCGAGCUGGGCAUCUACCAGCCCAAUUGUGGGGUGGACAACCUGCUGAUGUCCUGGGGCCACGAUGAGUACAUGUAUUCGGUGCUGAAGCACAACAAGACCAAAUUGCCCCACGUGGCCUGCAACAUCAUUCGAUUCCACUCGUUUUAUCCCUGGCACAACGGCGGUGACUACAAACACCUGGAGGCUCCACAGGAUGCGGAGACCAAGAAGUGGGUGCUCAUCUUCAAUCGCUACGAUUUGUACACGAAGAGCGAGGUGGUUCCGGAUAUCGAUGCUUUGUGGCCGUAUUACCAGACCCUGAUCGAUAAAUAUUUGCCCGGAGUCUUGGAGUUUUGAGCGAGUGCUCAUAAGAUUACCAGAAACCGUUUGGUUCCCAAACGAUUGCAUUUUAUUUCCUAGACAACCUAUAUACCUGUACUGUAACAUAAUACAUGUAAACACCUAUACAUAUAUGAACUAAAACAAUAUAUAAAAUUUAAACUUUUAAAA